GAACACCGAUCGUCGGAUGGGACCUCUGUACGAGGUCCCGAUCAUGUGAUCACUGAUUGGCCAAUCAGUGGUCACAUGCAAAGUAGUAAGCAAGAUGUCACUUCUAACAUCAUUGCUUACUACAUGUGAAAUCUGUGAAUGAUCACAGAGGUCACAUGGUACAAGACUAUUCACAACAGCUUUGUACCAUGUGACAAGCUGUGACCAAUCACAGCUCACUCAGUAGUUCUCAAUGACUGCAAGAAUGCAGACAGAGAGAAAGAGAAAUGAUUGCUUUUUUACAUCCUAUAUGGCUGUUAAAGCAAUAAUU